AUGACCAAUCAUAAAUUAUACAUACAAGACGAAACAGUGGAUGUUACUUUAAUUUUAUUUAAAAAUGUAACAAAUUCAAAAGACGUUCUUGAAAUUUAUAAUAAACUAAGUGCUGAUAUAUCAUCAUCUGAUCACCAAAAUAAAUUCUUUCUUAUUUUGGAUAGUCAACUGGUUUUUAAUGAAGAUCAUAUAUUACAUAGUAUUUAUAGAGGAUAUCAUAAUUUUAAGACAAAAAAAAAGAUAACCAAAAAUAUAAUAUUGGAAAUUUUUUUUCUAUUAUCAUCUCAUGAGAAUAUCAAUGAAUGCAUAAAUCAGUACAAGAUGAAUGAAAAUUCUACCUCCAUAAUUUAUGUGGGUGUUAAUAUGCCAACUGAUCAGAUUUUAGAAGUUACCAAACUAAUUCAAGGGGAAAGUACAAAUUUCGAUGAAAUAUCUUCUUUGCAUUGUGAAAAAAAAAUAUUAGAACAUUUUAACACAGACAUAAAUAAUAUAGAUAGAUUUAUUUAUCAUAAUAUUGCAUCAAAGAAGAUUUCUCUUAACUGA